GUUGUGUCGAGUGGACGAUAGAUUAUUUGGCUCGAUUCUUGCUUUAUUUUUAUUGCAAUGAAAUAAGAAUAUCAUUCAAGGUGUAAGUCUAAAGUAUCGUUAAUACAAAGCCUUUAAAAUGUAAAUGUGUCUUUGUAGUUAAGUGUACAGAUCAAGUAAUCUUCAAAGAGUGUAUAGUGCAGUAAAUAGUUCAUGAUGAGUAUCAGGCGGCUGUCAACUGUGUUCUGGGCUACAUGCAUCAUGGCGUUCAUCUUCAUCCUGUAUGUGGUGACGGACCUGAGCUUCAAGCUGCCGAGCAUCAAGCCAGCUAUGCAGGAACUUGAUGAUAGCAAAUGGUCCAUGUUUGAAUCGAAACUCCGCCACAUAGAGGAUGAACUAAACCAGCACCAUGCGGUAGUCGGUGAAAUCAAAUCAGCCAUCGAUCAAAUUGGGGAACAUCCGGAGCUUAUCCAGCGUGUUGACCCACAGGAAAACGUUCUGCAAAUACCGAAGCAUAGCGGAAAUGAAGUGCAAGUGCCGAAACAUUUGGCAAAGGAUAGAGAGAUGAAAGAGUUUAAGGCGGUGGUCGCUGAGCCGCCUAAGAUGAGGCCGAAGUUGAAUGAGUCUGGCUGCCCCAUACAGAAGCAUGUCACGCCAAAAACGGAUGUACAGAUGUUAUCAAUGUACGAUAGAAUAAUAUUCGACAACGAGGACGGUGGUGUGUGGAAGCAGGGCUGGAAGAUCGAGUACGACGACAAGCAGUGGAGCCAGAAGAACAAGCUGAAAGUGUACAUCGUGCCGCACUCACAUAACGAUCCAGGGUGGCUGAAAACCUUCGAGAACUAUUACAAGACGCAGACCCGCGCGAUAUUCACCAACAUGGUAGAAAAGAUGGCGGCCGGUAUCGGCCGGAAGUUCAUCUGGGCGGAAACCAGUUACCUUGCGAUGUGGUGGGACACCGACGCGUCAGAUAAGGAGAAGGAUAUAUUUAGGGGCCUCCUAAAAUCCGGCCAAGUCGAGAUCGUGACCGGCGGUUGGGUGAUGAACGACGAAGCAAACUCCCAUUGGUUGUCCAUAAUCCAGCAGCUCACCACGGGCCACCAGUGGUUGCUAGGCAACCUUAACUACACGCCGAGAAACGCGUGGUCCAUAGACCCGUUCGGCUAUUCGAGUGCGCAACCAUAUCUGCUCAAGUUGGCUGGGUUUGAGAACUCUAUUAUACAGAGAGUGCAUUAUAGGGUGAAGAAGGAGUUGGCCUUGAAUAGGCAGUUGGAGUUUAAAUGGAGGCAGUUGUGGGAUGGUGUCGGUAAGACUGAUAUGUUUACACACAUGAUGCCAUUCUACUCGUACGACGUUCCUCAUUCCUGUGGACCUGAUCCCAAGAUUUGCUGCCAGUUCGAUUUCAAACGUCUACCAGGAAACGGCGUGACUUGCCCGUGGGGUACGGCGCCAAGAAAGAUUAUACAAAAGAACGUCCAUGAGAGGUCGCAACUGAUUCUCGACCAGUGGCGGAAGAAGGCGCAGCUCUACCGCAGUAACGUAGUAAUGUUCCCACUGGGUGACGAUUUCCGUUACGACCGCUCCAACGAGUGGGACAACCAGUACCAGAACUACGAGAUGAUCAUAGACUAUAUUAAUAAUAACGAGGCAUGGAACGCAGAGAUACAAUUCGGAACUCUCCAAGACUAUUUCAAGGCUUUGCACGAAGAGAUGAAGUUGUCGGACUUCCCCGUACUCUCUGGGGAUUUCUUCACGUAUGCGGAUAGGAAUGAGCACUACUGGAGCGGGUACUACACGUCGAGGCCCUUCUAUAAGAACAUGGACCGCGUCUUGUUAGCUUACGUUAGGGCAGCUGACAUAAUCACGUCUCAGGCGAUAUCAUCAAACUCAGUCACUUAUAUAAUGUCGCUGAGUUUAAAAGACAAGGUGGAGGCUGCGCGUCGUGCGCUGGCGCUGUUCCAGCACCACGACGGAGUAACUGGAACCUCGAGGGAUGAAGUGCGCGCUGAUUAUGCCGCCAAAAUGCUCACAGCCAUCAAAUACAGCCAGUCCGCCAUCCAACAAGCGGCCUACUUCCUACUCAAACAGCCCGAUAUCCUCGACCAAACUCAAGAAGACGUGUUCUUCGAUGUGGACGACAUCUGGCGGCAAAAGGACGAGAUUCCGUCCAGGAUCACUAUGACCUUGGACCCGCUGUCGUCUUCGAGACGGGUGCUGCUGUAUAACUCGCUGACGUUUAGACGACAGCAGAUAUUGACUCUGUUUGUUUCUACGCCGCAUGUUGAGGUAUUCGAUCCGGAAGGGAAACCAAUAAUGGCACAAGUGUCACCAGUAGUAUCGGGCGAGAAGCGGCUGGCAUUCGCCGCGAACAAGUUCCAACUGUCCUUCCCUGCUACUGUGGAACCUUUAGCCAUUACUACCUACACCGUGUCGCUACGGGACACCACUAGUAUUAACAAAUACACAGCCUUCUCGCGCGUGCGCGUGUAUAACGCGGACUACUGGAACAUCGACCUGCCAAAGAUAUUCGCCAUCGACCAACCCACCGCGCGUCUCAGCGAAGACGUCGCGCUCCAGGCAGGCAACGGGACGAGAGUGGUCUCCAACAUGAAUGGACUGAUUAAGGCGUUAGUGACGCCUAAUGGGGAAACUGUGCCUGUCCAUAUGGACUUUGUACAAUACGACUCCAUGCAAGCACCAGACAAUAACAGCGGAGCCUAUCUCUUCAUCCCGUCCAAGCCAGGGACCGUGUUCCGUACGGACGCUUUCCCCGAACUGGUCAUUACUGAAGGACCAUUCAAAGCCACGCUUUACACCGGCCUAAAUGGACCUAAUUCUGCUGAGAUCGUGUUGGCAAUCUCCGUGUUCGACAACCCAUCGCUACCGCAGACUGAAGUGGAGAUCUCCAACACGUUCCUGAUCGACCCGCAGGUGAACGACCUCGAGCUGGCCAUGCGAUUCUCGACCGCCAUCAAGAACAAGGACACCUUCUAUACGGACCUUAAUGGCAUGCAGAUGAUUAAACGUCGCUACUUCGAGAAACUGCCCCUCCAAGCUAACUUCUACCCGCUACCAGCUGCCACAUACAUCGAGGACUCGGACGCGCGCCUGACGCUGCUCACGUCGACGCCGCUCGGCAUGGCCGCAUUACAACCAGGACAGCUAGAGGUUAUGCAAGACCGCCGUCUGAGCAAAGACGACAACCGGGGAAUGAACCAAGGCGUGCUCGACAACGUGCGGACAAGACACACCUUCCGCCUCAUAUAUGAGAAGGCCAACAGCCCUUGCCAGCAAAAGCAUUCCCCUGACCACCCAAGUGGUCAGCUGACCGUGGGCGCGCACGUGUCGUCGCAGACGCUGCUACACCCGCUGGUUUGCAUGCAGUACUCGGCGCGGCGCGGCGCGGCGCCGCCCGCCUACAGGCGAGCGCGGGCCAGCGCCGCCGACCUAGUGCUGGCCGAGUUCAGUGCGCAUGUCUCCGCCAAGAAAAAAGACGGGAACACAGUCCACGGCAUGGGUAUGACCUUCCAGAGGGUAUACCUGGACAAGUGCUACGGGAACCAGGAGAUCUACAAAUGGUACCCGACCAGCGAAGGCAUCAUCCAACUAUCAGACAUGGUAGACGCCGCACCGGAACAAAUCUUCGACAGUUCCCUAACGUUCACCCGCAUACGGAGCCCCGUGCCCGACGGGGCGCUCACGCUCUGCCCCAUGGAAAUACGGUCCGUCUUCAUCAACAAGACUUUGAAACACGGCUGAACUGAAGUCUAGACAGAAAACGCGCGAAAAGUGAGGACGGUUGGUUAGGAGGAAUA